GGGUGCAGGUGAGUCGCACCUGUCAAAGGCUUCGCAGCGCAGCCCUGGCCUGUGCGUGGCUCGCCCCGGUGGUGGCUCCUCCAGCCAUGAACAGCGAGGACCAGUUUUACGCCUCCAGCCAGCUCUUCAAGGAGCCGUGCGCCUUUCAGAGAUCCCAGCCGCAGGAUUAUAGCCAGAGCCCUCCGGCGUGCCUGUACAUGGGUAGGCAGCCCCAACAGCAGCAGCAGCCCCCGUACCCGAGUGUUUUGGGGGCCUUGGAGCAAGGCAGCCCGCCGGACAUUUCCCCCUACGAGGUGCCCCCCAUCACCGACGACCCAGGCAUUUCACAUCUCCAUCACCAUCCUCACCACCAGCACCACCACUCUCAGCUGCCUCACUCGCACCAGGAAGCGCUCCCCUUUGCAGAUGGGGCGGACUCUGGGGUGCUAGGGGAGCCCAGAGUGCACUUGCCAUUCCCCUGGAUGAAAUCCACCAAAUCCCACGCCUGGAAGGGACAGUGGGCUGGCACGGGGAGCUCUUUCGUGGUGGAGCAGGAGGAGAAUAAGCGCACCAGGACCGCCUACACGCGGGCGCAGCUGCUGGAGCUGGAGAAGGAGUUUCUCUUCAACAAGUACAUCUCGCGGCCUCGCCGGGUGGAGCUGGCCGUCCUCCUGAACUUGACCGAGAGGCACAUCAAGAUCUGGUUCCAGAACCGGCGGAUGAAGUGGAAGAAGGAGGAGGACAAGAAGCGAGGCGCCGGCGGAGGAGGGAGCAGCCAGGAGCCCGAGCAAGACUGCGCCGUGUCGUCGGGGGAACUGCCUGGGAAAGAGCAGGGCGAAGAGGAGCGCUCGGCGCCCAGCCUGCUCCCGGUGGAACUGCUCCCUUCCAGCCCCGACGCCUCGCCCAGGCGGCAGCAGGACGCGCGGUGAAGGAAGCCCAGGCUCUGGAGCCUGCGGGAAAACGCAGGAGGAGCAGAUCUGGCAACCUCUCUUGGACGUCUGUCACCGCCGUCCCACAAGAUAAGCCCUCAGAGGUCUCUAGUCCCAUCUCCUCCGAAGGGACAACCUGGUGCCCUCGAGGGGUCACUGUGGACUACAACUCCCAUCAACUCUAGCCACCCUGAUGCCUUCGAGAUGUUCUGGACUGUGAACCCUAAGUCAACUUGAUGCCCUCUAGAUGUGGACUCCAACUCCCAUCAGCACUAGCUGGUGGUAUUGCCAAUAUUCCCACCAAAGGGAUGAUGGGAGUUGUAGUCCACAACAUCUCCAGGGGAUCUGCUGUAGACUGCAGCAUCCCUUGGCAGAGGCAGGCACAAAAAGAAGGGAACUCAAACUGUCAGGUGUGGGGACCAGGGGAACCUCCAGGUGUGGCUACAACUCCCAAAAUCCCUGACCAUUUGGUCAUACUGGCUGGAGCUCUUGGGAUCUGGAGUCUAGGGGUCCAUAAGGUUCCCUGCCACAUGACCUGAAGAAAGAGGGGAGGGAGGUAAACAUGAAUAUUUUCCCCUUCAAGUCUUUAGUGUCUUGUUUCUUUUUAUUUUUUAAAGAAGCAAUCUCAAUUAAUAAGCCUUUUUAAAAAAAAUGUGCUUGUUUAAAAUGUUUUUAAAAAUUGGAUAUUUAAGUGAUUAUUCUAUAUUAAUAAAUAUUCAGACAUUGGGGGGAAAUGAUGUAGGUGUAAGUAUAAGGGCAUCCUUUAGAUUCCAUGCAUUAGGAUGCACUUGGGAAUAUCAUUCCUUGGUAAACAAGGAAGACACGAAACAUGUUUGGUGACUGGAGGAAAUAUGUUUGGAAAUGUAGUGAAUAGGCAGUACACACACACAGAGAGAGAUUUUUUCAGUCCUGCAGCCUGCAAGAACUAUUAUGGGAUUGCAAUUCUGUCUUCAGGACUGCAGCGUUAACAGUGUCUGCACAUAGAUUGAGAUUGAGAACAUUGUCCCAUCUAUAUUAUUCAUGCAAGCCUUUUUUGGAGAUGCCCAGGAACUGAACCUGGAAUCUUCUGCAUGCAACACAGAUGCAUGAAUGCUUAGUUGAGGCUCUUCUUUCUAAUUCAGCAGUAAAACCGGAUGCCAUAAACAAUACUGGCUCCUAAACAGGCCUACCUGAAAGGAAAUCUCAUUGGGUUUACUUUCCUGCAAGUAUGUUCAGGCUACAAUCCCAUGCCCUCUAACCUGGGAGUAAGCUCCACUCAGUACAAUAGGAGACACUUCUGAGUAGUGCUGAAAGGUUUCCAAACAUAUACAUAUUUACUGAGGAAAGGAGGUCCCAGCCUACAAUGGGGCUCAGUCCAAAGUCAGUGUACUUUAUAACCAUAGGACUAUCUUGUCCAAAACCCUGUGUUCCACAGCAGCUAAUAGAAACCUCAGGGAAGCCCCCAAAACAGGGCAUGAAUGCAUGUAUCUAGCUCACUGUUGUCUUCUAAUAGCAGAGAUUAUGGCCACAGUCAGAUAGUUUACAGAGGAUAAGGUAGGUUGGAUGUCUCAUUUUAUUGAAAAAAGAAGAGAUCAGAAUAAUGGGUUUGUUUUCAAGAUGUGAAUUUAUACAGGACAUGACACUUGGAGUAUAGUUCAGCCAAAGUUAAAGCAUUUUUUUCUUGCCUCGUUUAAUAACAAUAAUGGGAGAAUUAACAUAUACUUAAGGCUGCACUCCUUUUGCUCACUUACCUAGGACUAAGUCCCAUUGAAAGCAGUGUGGCUUUCUUCUUAAUAGACAGGCAUGGGGCUGCACUGAUCUUUGAACUCAAGAGGACUAGGGAAUCAACUCCAUACAUAUCUAUUCAGGAGUAUGCCCUCCUGAGGUCCCAGGUAUAAGAUUAUACCGCAGGUAUACGAUUUUCCAUUCCAGCUUAUCCCCCAAAUGUAUAAAGUGAAAGCCAACUCGGAUCCAAGCCUGCCUUUUACUUCCUUGCAUGUGAAACUUGUGCAGGGAAAUUUCUGCUGAUAAGAAGGCAAUUUGUAUGCAUUCCCAGAAUGGACAGCUGAGUCUCUUGGAAACAGGUUACAUAGCAAUGUGUGCCUUGUGCAGUAUCAUAUCAUUUCUCCGUCUAGCUCAAUACUGCCUUACAAUGAGUGACAGCACCUCUCCAGGGUUUCAGACAAGGGAUUGGCUUGGCACUACCUGGUGAUCGAGGGAUUGAUCCUAGGAGAAGGUCCUGUUUUGUGUGCAGAAAAUAAUAAUUAUUAUUAUUAAUAAUAAUAAUAUAUACCCCGCCCAUCUGGCUGGGUUUCCCCAGCCACUCUGGGCAGCUUCCAACAGAAAAAUGAAAUGAAAUAAUCUAUUAAACAUUAAAAGCCUCCCUAAGCAGGGCUGCAGUAGUCCAAGCGGGAGAUAACUAGAGCAUGCACCACUCUGGCGAGACAGUCUGCAGGCAGGUAGGGUCUCAGCCUGCGUAGCAGAUGGAGCUGAUAGACAGCUGCCCUGGACACAGAACUGACCUGCGCUUCCACGGACAGCUGUGAGUCCAGAAAACUGACUCAGUGAAAAAUUCAGAGAGAUCUUUGCUGCAACCAGGUGAGAAACACAUCAGAAAGCGUUUUCUUGGUACAUGGCUGUGAAGCGGCCUUUAUCAAGGGCUGGGUGACUGGGCAGUGACGUAGCUACAGAUCAAUUGUAGCACUGAAAUCCGGAGAGCAAAAGACAGUGGAGGCAACUACAAACAGGCCUGGCAUCAGCAUCUGGGGCGCUGCGGCCAUGCCAUGACCCACCAGGGAAUAUGCUCAUAUCUACAGCAUCCAUUAUUUCUUCUUAAAUAUAUAUACUGUAUAAGGGGGUUAGCAUAUGGAGUUUAUAUGCAACAGCAGAAGUUGAGCUUAGUUAUGAAUCCUUGUUUGGAGCAUGCUUUAACCCUGAAAGCAAUCUUUGAGUAUGAAAAUAAGAAAUCUAAGUUCAUUAUAGGAAACACGUGACGGAUAGAAAAGAGCUUCUAGCUAAUUAAGCCAUGCUUGCUCUUUUAUCUCUGUGGUGGGUGGGGUUGGAGAUAGAAGGAAGAUGUCUCCUCACUUGAGGUAGGAUGAUGAAGAGCAGGAAAUGAGGUAAAGACCACUAAGAGUAUCAGUCUAACAUCUGAAGGAAGGUCAGCACCAGGUUAGGUCCAAAAGACAGUCUAGGAAGUUUGGAGGUUCUGUUCUCUCUCUACUAUACAAAACUCCAUCAGCCUUAAUACAAGUUGAGUUACAUCCCAACACUUUCACGUGGUUAUAGAUGCUUGUUUCAUUAUUUUUAAUUUAUAUAUACAGUAUAUUGUCCUUUUCUACAAGUGAAUGGAUUUAACAUCAGGGCAGCAGAAGCAGAGCUCAUUUUAUUAUUGGAGUUCUGGAGGUGCUCUGAUUUUAUGAGUUUAAAAUUCACAACCACACAUUCCCAUGGUAUUUCAUUUUAAAGAGGAUUGGGAAACUUUUUGGUUUCUUUUUCUUUUGUUUAUCAGGAAUGCAGGAGCAGUUGUAAAGUAAGGAAUGAUUGGGUUAUCCUUCCACAUUCUUCUCUUAUCUGGCCAACACUUAGGUGUUAGUCCCACAGUGAUCCUUGUUCUCAACACAAAGAGGGUUCAUUAUGGGAUGUGGUUUUUCCAGUGCUGACCAAAACUGGUGACAAAUCGCCCUUGUUGCCAUAUAGAAGCAGCAACCCAGGAUGUGUAUUUUCGGGGAUUCAACCUCCUUCCUGCCAUUACAGUCCAUAAAGUAGAUAAGGCUGCCGCAAUCCUAAACACGCAAACAGUGCAAUCCUAUAUACACGGUAGACCGUAAGCCACAGUGAAUUCCGUAGGGCUUACUCCUUGAUAAAUGUGCCUGGAGUUGCAGCCUCAGAGGAGAAUAAGUCCCAAUGAACACAGCCAGUCUUAUUUUCUUGAAAACUAACAGAGGAUUGCACUGCAAGCCUAACUAUCUUCUUAUUUAAUUUGGUCUUAUAGAGUCAGUAAUGUAAGAGGAGUGGUGCAGGUUUCCUACCUGAUUCCUCCAAACUUCAGCCCCUAUUUGUUGACAGGGGAAGACCCAUAGUGCAGUGGGAGAGCACCUGGCUUGUGUGCAGAAGGUCCCUACUAAUACUAAUAUAAUAAUAAUAAUUUAUUAUUUAUACCCCGCCCAUCUGGCUGGGUUCCCCCAGCCACUCUGGGCGGCUUCCAACAAAACAUUAAAAUACAGAAAUCCAUCAAACAUUAAAAGCUUCCCUAAACAGGGCUGCCUUCAGAUGUCCUCUAAAAGUCUGGUAAUUGUUGUUCUCUUUGACCUCUUGUGGGAGGGCGUUCCACAGGGUGGGUGCCACUACCGAGAAGGCCCUCUGCCUGGUUCCCUGUAACUUGGCUUCUUGUAGCGAGGGAACCGCCAGAAGGCCCUCGGUGCUGGACCUCAGUGUCCAGGUAGAACAAUGGGGGUGGAGACUAAUACUAACACUAAUACUAAUUUUCAUGUUACACUGUCAAGUUUCAGAAGAGGAACAGAAGCUGGUAAGCAAUAGAUUGAAUCAUAGAAUCACAGAAUCAUGGAACUGUAGAGUUAGAAAGGACCCUAAGGGUCAUCUGUCCAACCCCCUGCAAUGCAGGAAUCUCAACUAAAGCAUUCAUGACAAACGGCCAUUCACAGAAAUUCAUAGAUUGGGAUACCUCCAUGCUCAGAACUCCCCAGGAGCAAAAUUACAUCUGACAGGAGUUCGCUGGGGGAAGGAUAUAACUUGCAGAUAAAGAUGCUACAGAUUAUUAAUAUCUUGGAUAGUUUAUUUCCAUUUUCUGGAGUUGGAAUUGGGUUAAAAUUGGAAAGAAAUACAGUGGAAAUGGGAAAAUGCACCUCAAAAUCUGAAUGUUUGGUUAUGCCACUGUCAGGAUCGGUCCAGACAUGCAAGCAUGUUCAUUGCUGGUAGACAACAACAUCAAUUGAAUCCCAUGCCCUGAAUAGCCUUUCAUCCAGAAUAUCAGCAUAGCUGGCUGAUCAGGCUUCCUUUUCAUAGUUGCAAGGAAAAGUGACAGAUCUGUGUUUAUUACAUUUAUACACCACCUUUUCUUCUAAGGAGCAAAAGGUGGGGUCCAUGGCUCUUCUCCUCAUGUCAUCCGCACAACAUCCCUGCGAGGUAGGUUAGGCCAAGAGAUGGUAACUGGCCCAAGCUCAUCCAGUGAGCUUCAUGGUUGAGUGGGGAUUUCAAACCCUGGUUUCCCAGGUCCAACAGAUCCAUGGGAGAGGUGACCAACACAGCAUGCCAGGUAUGAAACAUUGUCAAAACCAUGUUUCAUGUCUGCAACCAACAUCCACUCAUGAAAGCUGCGUUCAUGUUGGCCGCCCAUUCAUAUGUUCCGAACAGACAACUUGAUCUUUCCAUUGAUCCUGUUUAGCUGCACAAGUGCCUUAUGUCUCAAACACAUUUGUUGCUGCACCCCAGUCGGAACUCACAGGCACGGGAGGUGGAAGGAAAACAAGAAGCAUCCAUUUCCCCACUCACCUGGAAGGGGUUUCCUGGUCCGGCUCCCAAGCCAACACUGCCAUCUAGUGACCUUUUCACACCACAGCCAGAAUUUGAAUCCUCACUUGCUCUUGCCAACCACCUCUCAUCAAAACAAGGGUUAUGAAAUUCAAACACUAUUCUGCUGUGGGUUGACUUCCAUUUUGCCUCGUCUUCUCAAGUGACCCUAGACUUGCUUAAGAACAUGAGGAGGUCAUUGCUGGUUGGGUCAUGUCAGUGUUCACCAUAGUAAAGGUAAAAGUAAAGGACCCCUGGACGGUCAAGUCCAGUCAAAGGUGACUAUAGGGUGCGGCGCUCAUCUCGCUUCAGGCCAAGGGCAUUUGUCCACACACAGUUUUCUGGGUCAUGUGGCCAGAGCACACGGAAAUGCCGUUUACCUUCCUGCCACAGUGGCAACUAUUUAUCUACUUGCACUGGUGUGCUUUCAAACUGCUACCGUAGGUUGGCAGAAGCUGGGACAGAGCAACAGAAGCUCACCCCAUUGUGCAGAUUCGAACCGGCAACCUUCCGAUCAGCAAGCCCCAAAGGCUGUGGUUUAGACCACAGUGCCACUCACUCCCUAAAGAUGCCACGAUGGUAACAUCCUUUGAAGACUCCCAUAAGCCAGCUUGCACUAGGGCAGGGGAUCCUCAGGCCUGGGAGUCAAAUGUGGGUCUCCCUUUAAUAAAAAAUACUUUUUUAAAAAAUGUGGGUCUCCCUAUCUGAUCCCUGGAGCUGUCCCAAGGUCAAGCACCCUAACCAGGCCACAUCCCUCACAGGUGCAUUUUGCCACCUCUUCAGGUCCUUUUGCUUAGCUAGAAUGUGUUAUCUGUGAUCAUGCUUCUUCUUUGCCUAGAUGGAAGAUGGAAAGUUGGGGGUAUGUGUAGAAACCUCUGGUUUAUGUGUGCCUUUUGCACACGACAGGCAUGAUGGCAUUCUGAAGUGACAAGGGCAGGCUGCUCUGAGUAACCUGGCUGCUCCUACUACUUAUCUGCUUAUUUUCAUUUAUGAACCCACUUCCCAAUUUUCAAAAAAAAUCAAAAAAUCACAGAGCAAUUUAAAAAGAAAAACAUCAACGUUUUCGAUUCUAAUGCAGACACAGGCAGCGGUUUAAAACAAACAAACAAAGCCUCCUCUUAAAAGGCUUGUUGAGAAAAGAAAGUCUUCAAUAGACUUUGACAAGAUAGAGAUGACGCCUGUCUGAUAUGGUCAGGAGGGAGUUCCAGAGAGUAGGUGCCACCACAUUAAAGGCCUCAUUCCUACAGCAUUAGGCAGCAGACCUCCUGAUGAGAUGGUAUCUGCACAUGGCCUUCUCCUGCAGUGUCUUUUGUGAGUCGACCCCAAGGAAGUUCCCUCUGAAUUAUAAUUUUUUAAAACCAUUGAAGGUAUCCAUUUGAGGCAGACUGUCAGUCCGCCAACCUUCUUUUAGGCAAACGCUUGCACCCAUGUUAACCCCAGAACAAUUGAUGGUUGGCAUGUCUUUCCAUUUCCCCUGAAAGACGAGACAGAACUUGAGUAAACUUGGGUCCCCACAUUAAUAGAGAUGCCACUUUGUCCUUGUUUCCCCUGAGAGAAAAACAGAAUGCCCAUCAAUACCUGCAAAGAUGGAUGACUCUUCCAAUGAAGGGUCAGCAGCUGUUGUUAUUUUUAAACAAUGCAUGCGGCUGCUGGGGACACACCACAUGCCACUCUGAAAAGGGUGCCUGUAAAGUCCAGAACACUAGAAAGGAAGACAUGUCCCCGAUUUUUAUAUUCAAAUAAAUGCCCCGUUUUCAGACUGCUUUUCUAUAUAGCAGAAUCAUAUGUGCCAAAUUCCAGCUUCCUAGUUGAUGGAGAAGUACUGUAACUAUUUUAGGAAGUAGCCUAGAAGCAUCUUUUGCAAGCAUAUUAUUUACUACGACACUAUUGGAACAACCUAUGGAGGAUGACCCUAGUUCCUUGCCCUCCUCCAUAGCCACAAGCAUUUUCACUUCUGAAAAUACAUUUCCCGUAAUGGGAAUUCUGCUGAAUCCAUUAAAAAAAAAAAGUCUGAGCCCAUGUUUAGUUAGGUUUGCACACCAGAAGAAAUAAAUAAAAUUGCUUGAACAAUAUGUGUGUCCUGGUAUUUUCUAAUGCGUCAUUCCAAGCUACAAAGCCCUAUGUAAUCAAUGAGAGUCUUUAGGAGAGUUAAGGAGCAAUGUCCAAUUUCAAGGUAAGUAAACUGGAGAGUUUCCAUUGACUUAAAAAAAAGAAAACCACAACUAUUUAGAUUAGGUCCUGCAGGAGUUUUCAGUAACCACCCUCUUAAGAACUCGGAGGUUAAUGGGAAGCUGACAGUGUACAUUUCAGGGCUGGCUAAGGGUUUCUUCAGAUCCUGCUUUUUUAUAUAUCACUCUUCAAUUUCUAUCUUUAAAAUGGGGAAGGGAAAUCAAUUACUCAUCUUGCAGGGCUGUUGUAGGAAUAAUAAAGUGUUUUAAGGUUUAAGACUGCCAUGUGAAUGAUCAACAAAUAGUAAUGCUGGUACUGUAAUAGCAAAGUGUUGCAGCUUUUUAGGUCCACUGAGACAAAGAACAUAAUUAUUUU